AUGAAGCGCAUUAUACUGCUUUGCGGUUCUGGUCUGAGCGGAGAAACCGUGACGGAAGCUGGCCAUCAGUGGGUCGGUAUCGAUAUCAGUCAGGCCAUGCUAUCCGUGGCUCAACAGCGUGAAGUUGAGGGUGAACUGGUCCUGGGUGAUAUUGGUUGUGGGUUACCGUUUCGCAGUGGCACAUUUGACGGUGCAAUCAGUGUGUCCGCGAUUCAGUGGCUUUGUAACGCCGAUCGGGCCUCUCACAAUCCGGUCGCACGUAUUCGCACAUUCUUUACAUCCCUCUAUGCCUGUCUGACUCGAUCCGCGCGUGCUGUGUUACAAUUCUACCCGGAUUCUGUGAUUCAGGCUGACCUGCUUCAGAGCGAGGCUGCUCGAGCCGGAUUCAGUGGGGGUCUGAUCAUUGAUUUCCCAAACAGUACACGAGCCAAGAAAUACUUUCUUGUGCUCGAUGUUAGCACAUGUCGAAAUCGACCCGAGCCCCUGACCGAGGGCGGUUCGAACACGUUGUCUGCACCGACCAGUGUGGUUCAAGGUCGUCUGGCUGAAAUACGCGAUUUGCGUCAAUCGAAAAAACUUCCGAAACACAGUGUGGCCUGGAUUAAGCACAAAAAAGAACGUGCUCGGAAACAGAUGAAAGAGGUCGCGCAUGAUUCCAAAUACACCGGUCGCAAACGACCUCAGCGACUAUAG